AUUCAAUGUCUGUAGGGCACCGAUUUCAUCCCCAAAUUUCAUUCUCUGCAUCACCUUCUUGUUCCUCAAUCCAUCGUCCCCCUCUCUCUCUCUCUCUCUCUCUCUUUCUCUCUUAAACACUUUCGGAGAAGGCGGGCGCGAUGCCUCAGCGGCACUCGAAGAACAACAACGACCUCGCCUUCUUCACGUACGACGAGAAGCGGAAGCUCGGGUACGGCACCCAGCGGGAGCGCCUGGGGCGGGACUCCAUCAAGCCCUUCGACGCCUGCUCCCUCUGCCUCAAGCCCUUCGUCGACCCCCUCUGCUGCCUCAAGGGCCACGUCUUCUGCAAGGAGUGCAUCCUCCGCUCCCUCCUCUCCCAGAAGAAGGACAUCCAGAGAAAACUAGCUGCUCAUGAAGCUCAGCAGAAGCAUGAGAAAGAAGAGGAAGAAGAGAGGCUAACGCUGCAGAAAGCUAGGGAACUAGAUGCAUUCGAUCAACAAAAUCAUGGUGCGGUACCUCAAUACACUGAUAAAAAUCACAGCCGAGACAAGAAUGGCUUCCAUGGUGCAAACAGUGUCAAGGUUACUUCUUAUGAGGAGGAAGCACUUCGAACCAUGAAGGCAUUUUGGCUGCCCUCAGCUACUCCAGAAGCUCCUCUUAAGGUAGACGCACCAUCCACCAGCACAGUCUGCCCAGAAGGCAAUGAGAAACUAAAGCUGAAGACCCUUUUUCCUAUUUGCUUCAUAGAAGACACCAGUGAGAAGAAGAAAGCCAACUCCCUGGACAAGACAUAUAUAUGCCCUAGCUGCAAGGUCACAUUGACCAACACGGUGUCACUAUCUGUGCUUAGCUCCUGUGGGCAUGUCUACUGCAAGAAAUGUGCAGAGAAGUUUAUUGUUGUCGAUAAGGUUUGUCUUGUUUGCGAUAAGCCGUGUAAAGAGAGGAAUUUGGUGAAGUUGGAAAAGGGCGGGACGGGUUUCUCUGCUCAUGGGGAUCAUCUUGAAGCGACUGACUUCAAACAUUUGGGGAGUGGUUCAGGAUUAGGGCUGGUGAGACCUGCAAUGAAGACCUGAAUCUUGAUAUUUUAAGUUUUGUCUCAGCCAACAUGUUUAUUUUCUUAGAGGAAAAUGGGGCUGGCUAAUUUCGAAUUUCUCUUAAUUAAGAUAUCCAGUUGUGCUCUGCAUCCUUUUUGUUGAAGAUGGUGUUGUAAAUGUACCCAUCAAAUGAAUUGUUUUAUCCUAA